AUGAGUGGGACGUCGCGUGCACGACCUUCUGGAAGGAAACGCACUUGUAGCAAGAAGCAAGCCGCUCAGGAAAGUUCUCGUAAGAAGGCCCAACUGGACAGAAUUCGUGAAAUCCUCAGCAGUGAUAGCGAUAACGACGAUGGUGAUGCACAACCGCUCGUCUACAACAGAAACAACCACUAUUUCACCAAUUUCAACGGAGCCAGCAACUACACCAGAGUCAUCAACGUGUGA